ACACACACGCACACCGGGACUCCAUGUUUCUCAUCAUUUAAAAAAAAAAAAAAAAAAAUUCAACAAAAUUCCUCUUUCUUCCACGCAACCAAACAAACCUCUCCUCUUCUCUCUCUCUUCGGUUUCUCCUCUGCUUGAAUCAAUACCUUGUUGCUUCGUCUUUCUCAAAUCAACCUCUGAAAUUCAUUGAUUUUCGUUGUUUUUGCACCAAAUUCUUUUCUGGGUACCGUUUAAAUUCACUUAAUCUCCUUUAUUUGUUGCUCUCUUGGUCUGGUUACUCUUAUUCUUUCGUGGGUCUCAGAGGUUCUGAUUGAAUUGGCCUUUCUGCAAAACUCAACUUUGAGUCUUUGCAUUGUCUAGUUUAUAUCAACUGGGGCUAAUUUGGCAUUCUUUACAGAAAAUUUCCUUAAUAGUUUUAAUUGGUUCGGGGAAUGGACAGGCUCUAUUUGCCUACUGUCAGUCUUUGUGAAUGAUGUUCAGUGGGCCAAACGGUGCAAAUCCUCUCAGUAUAUUCAAAUGGAAACGGCGUGGUGAAUCAUCUUUGGCAGAAAGCUUGCUUAAGGAUGUGCCUCCUGAAAUUGAAUUGUCUGACUAUGGAAGGGUACCACCAAGUCCUGGAAGUGAGAGCCCUUCGGGGCUUCUUUAUGGUGAGAGUUUGAAUGUGGAACCGAUUGCUGAUUUGGACCUGUUCUUUGAAAGGCUUUACAGCUACUAUUCUCAGAAAGGGCUUCGGUCAAUCAUUAUAAAAUGGAUAUUUGAGCUUCUAAUGCUAGCCUUUGUCAUUGUUUACUCUGGAUUCUUCUUAUUAGUAGUUGAUUGGAAUUUUCUUUGGAAUGCGAAGUGUGGGAUGGAUGCCAUUGAAUCUAAAAAUAAGCCCUGUGAUCUUGUUAAGGAAGCUCUUCAUCAACACCCAUUAACCCCUCUAACACUCACCAGAGCUAUCAUUGUUGGAUAUUUAGGGUUAUUAUCCAUUUAUUGGAUCUUUUGUUUUUUGAGGUUUUUUGCUCAAUUGAAGGACACUCUGGGGAUUCGUCACUUUUAUUACAACAAUCUCCAUGUUACGGACGAUGAAAUUAAAACAAUGCCAUGGGCAACAAUUCUUGAAAAGGUUGUUCGACUGCAAAGUUCACAGCAGCUUUGUGUGGUUAAGGAUCUCUCUGCUCAUGAUAUUGUGAUGCGAUUGAUGCGCAAGGAGAACUACUUGAUUGGAAUGCUCAACAAGGGGGUGCUUGCAUUCCCAGUCUCCCAGUGGGUUCCUGGUGUUGGGCCAAUGGUCAAAAUUGGCUCAGAUGGAAGACAACAUCGUUUGAUACUGACAAAGACCCUUGAGUGGGCCUUAAAUUGGUGCAUCCUGCAGAGCAUGUUUGAUCGAAACUUCUGUGUGAAAAGGGACUUUAUAUCUAAUCCUAUGACACUAAAGAGAAGGCUGAAGGUUGUUGGGCUUGCAAUGCUUCUUCUUUCUCCAUUUAUUGCCAUAUUCAUGUUAGUGUUUCUCUUCCUGCGGCAUGCUGAACAGUUCUAUCAUCAUCCAAGCAUUGCAUUAUCUCGAAGGUGGUCUACUUUGUCAAAGUGGCUUUUUAGGCAAUACAAUGAGGUGGACCAUUUGUUCAAACACCGAAUCAAUAGCAGCAGUGUAGAGCAUGCAUCUAAUUAUCUCAAGCAAUUUCCUUCUCCUAUUAUUUCUAUUAUUGCAAAGUUCAUCUCCUUUGUAUCUGGCGGCUUUGCUGCAAUUUUGAUAAUCAUUGCAUUUCUGGAGGAGUCGCUGCUAGAGGGCCAUAUAUUUGGUCGCAACUUGAUUUGGUAUGCUGCUGUUUUUGGAGCUAUUACAGCUAUAAGCCGGUCUGCUGUUACAGAUGAGCUUCUAGUCCAUGAUCCUGAGGGAGAAAUGUCUAUGGUGGUCCAACAUACACAUUAUAUGCCAAGGAGAUGGCGUAGCAAAGAAAAUACUGAGAAGGUCCGCAUGGAGUUUGAAACCCUAUUCAAGUACACUAUAAUUAUGCUACUUGAGGAGAUGGCCUCAAUUUUCCUCACUCCAUAUCUACUAAUGUUUGUGGUCCCAAAGCGUGUGGAUGACAUAUUGCAGUUCAUUACAGAUUUUACAGUGAAUGUUGAAGGUGUUGGUCAUGUCUGCAGUUUCAGCGUCUUUGACUUUCAAAAGCAUGGCAAUAGCAAUUAUGGUUCACCAUACAAUGCACCUCGCACUGAGAGGAGUUCCCAAGGGAAGAUGGAGAAAUCAUUUUUGAGCUUUCAGAGUAGCUACCCUUCGUGGGAACCAAAUGCCCUGGGAAACCAGUUCCUGUCAAAUCUUAGAACUUUCAGGGAGCAAAGGCUGCAAGGGCAGGGAAAUAGACAGGCAUAUUCUCCUUCAAGAAUGUGGCGAGGGAGCCCCAUUUUUAGAGGCCAUGGAGACAGAGCCAACUUUCCACAUAAUAGUCCUGGAAAUGGCUAUAGGUUGAGUCCGCUGUGGCUAAUUGAUGCAGAUCAAAAGAAUCAUCCGUAUCUUCUUGAUUGGUAUUAUACCUCACAACCUAACCACGUGACUGGUAACUCCAGAGAUGGUCCACUAGAACCUUUUGAAGCUACUGAGCAACAUCCUGGAGAUUAUUGGAUGCCAUCCAACUUGACUCCAAAUGAACCGAGGUAUGCAGAAUACUGGGGUGACCAGUUUGGGGAUCGAACUCAAUCUCAUCUGAGGGCUUCUACAUCAUCUCCUUUCUUCCGGGAUAGUGUACUACGGCAUCAUGAUUCUAGCAAUUUGGUAAACCCUACAAGGAGCCAUUGGUGGGAUAGAAGUGGUCCACACGGAACACAGCCCCAAACAAGUUUUCUGGAGCCUCCGGAUUUCAAUCAGCACACUCCAGCUAAUUAUUAUGAUAAUUUGUCAGAAAGAAGCUCAAACGAUCAUGAGAACUUGCACUGGAGGGAUGAUAACAAAUUAUCCCGAACCACUUAUAUGGAUGACUUAGAGGCAGGAGAAUUCAAUCUUCAUUUUGAUGAUAUAUAUAGUAGACCUCCGGAAACUCCAAGAAUAAAUCCAGACACAAGCAUCGGGUGAUCUGUUUGUUCCCUCCUAAGGUUCUAAUAAUUGGAAUGCACAUGGGUUUCCAUUACACUGAUGGUGAUAUCUCUUUUGGUUGUGUAAAGGAAACUAUGUAUUCUUUGUUGUAUAUAAAUUCAUUAUGGGGUUAGUUUCUGAAUAGGCCUCAAGGUUGAUCUGGAAGGUUAACUAGUUCCAAAGUGUCACCAGAAUCCUUCCAAAAUUGUAAAAAACUAUAAACAAAUUAUUCUAAUAGACUACAUUGGGUUAUAUUUUAACCCGUAUAUGAAUUUAAUAGUGUGGUUCCUGGGCA